AUGUUAACGAUACUAAAAGAAGAUCAAAUUGGCGUUACCCUUAUCUUUGAUGGCUGGAUCAAUAUUCGGAAUGAACAAUUAUUAGAAACAGUAAUAAUUACAUCAGAAGGCAGAUCAUAUGUUUGGAAGGCAAUGAAUAUAAGUUCCGAACGUGAAACACAUGUGAAAGUAAUUGAAAAAAUUAAUAUGAUGCUUACCGAGUUGGAUAUACAAGCAAUUAAAGUAAUUGCCAUUGUAACUGAUAGUGCAGGCGCAUAUGCAACAGCUAG